GUUUUGAAGGCGCUAAUAGCUGCAAGCGUUCUUGCGAUUUCAAAUAUUGUGAUUAUGGUUAAUGUUGCAUUUAAAUUGUAUUUUUUAUUCAUUUAAUUUUUUCCCCCUUUUGAUUACUGAUUAAAACUAUUAGAAGAAAUUAGUAUCCAGUUCUGAAACAAAAAUAUGUUUUAAAGAAUGGUGGAUAAAAAAGGAAAAAAUCCAGAUAAAGAAAAAGAAAAGGAGCCUGAAAUGAAAGAAUUCGAAUGGACUCCUUAUGCAGAGCUUCGCCUGUUGCAUGCAAUGUAUGGAUUGAAACCUAUCGGUGUUUCUUACCAUUUUUUGAUGCUUAUAAUUUGGGAAAAAUUUAAGGAAACGAUGGGUAUAAAUGUUCCCUUGAGAGUUGUUAAAGAGAAAAUCAGCACUUGGUAUGACUUGAAAGCAGCCGAUGAAAUAUUUCCAGAUGAUGACUUCUCAGAGGAAGAGUUUUCUCUCCCUAUUGAUGAAUUUCCUCAAGUUGCUGCAGCUGAGGUCUCGAAACCUGUCGAGAUCAAUUCAAAGAAAAGAAAACAUUGAUUUAUAUUUAUCUAAAACAAAAUUAUAAUAAUGACUGAUUGUGAUUGUAUAUUUAAUUUUUUUAUUAGCAAUAUAUAUUUCUUUUUAAAAAAGAUUCUCUAUUUCC